AUGACCACAGCCACCUUCAAGUAUAUCGACCCUGCUUCCUACGAAGGCAAAGGCAAGCCGUGGGGCAAGGUUGACGGUCCCGGCAAAUCUUUCACUCUCAAAGACUACCAAAAAACCGUGACAUCCAUCCGCGGGCACGAAUCCGAAUUCUCAACCGACAACAGCGGUUUCGCAGUCUACAACUCACCCGCCAGAGAGAAAGCCUUCACCGACGAGUCUGCCAUCCGCAAGGGCUACUACCCGGAAGUAGAAGCCAUGCUCAAGGAGCGACUUCCUGGGAAGAUCAAGAAAGUAGUAAUCUUCGACCACACGAUCCGUCGACGAGACAAGAAUUCCCCUCGGCAACCAGUACAGCAAGUGCACGUGGAUCAAACACCUGGCGCUGCUGCAGCGAGAGUGCGACGCCAUCUGCCUGCUGAGGAAGCAGAGGAGUUGUUGAAAGGGCGAUACUCGAUCAUCAACGUUUGGCGUCCAAUCGAGAACCCGGCCACCGACUUCCCACUCGCAGUCAUCGACUGGCGAUCCACUGCUCCUUCGGACUUCAUCGCCGUCGACCUCCUCUACCCGAAACGAACAGAUAACGACGAUGAUGAUCGUGGGAAAGAGGUUUUGCCGGACGAGAAGACGAUUUGGAGUAGAGAGGGAUAUGAGGCGAAGGGGGAGACGUUCGCGGUUGCGCCGAGCGAGGGACACAGGUUCUUUUAUAUGAAGGAUAUGACGCCGGAAGAGGUCAUGCUGCUUAAGUGUUUUGAUAGUGCAGGGGAGGGGGAGAGUCUUGGGAAGAAAGGAUUGGCGGUUAGGACGCCACAUACGGCUUUUGUGGACCCCAAGACUCCGGAGAGUGCACCGGGAAGACAGAGUAUCGAGGUUAGGUGUUUGGUAUUUUAUGAAUAG